AUGCGGGAGAUAUUCGAAGACGAAAGCUUCUACUACCUGGUGUUGGAGCUGGUCUCCGGAGGCGAGCUGUUUGAACACCUCAUCCGGAACGGGGCGUACAGCGAGCAGACCGCGGCAGCCCUCCUGAGGGACCUCGCCGCGGCCCUGCGGUUCGUGCAUCGGAAGGGUAUCGUGCACGCCGACGUGAAGCCGGAGAACCUCAUGCUGUCCUCCUGGGACGACGACGACGCGCGGGUGAAACUGGUGGAUUUCGGCUGCUCGUGCGGCGCUGGGCUGGGCGUGCGGCAGGAGUUGGACCGAGGUGAACGUAUCAACGGAACACCUGCCUAUUGGCCACCGGAGCUUGUGCAGUGCGAAGACGAAGGCAUACCAUACAAUUUCACCACUGCGGCGGACAUGUGGGCGAUGGGCGUGGUGAUGUUCAUCAUGCUGGUGGGCGUUCACCCCUUCGAUCUGGAAGGAGGCACGAGCGACGUCGACAUACUUCGCCGGGUCGUCGAGGCCGAGGUCCCGGUCGAAGAAGGCGUUACGGAUCACCUGUCAGAGGCCGCGGUGGAUCUCAUGCAAAAGCUCAUGGAGAAGGAUCCGAACAAGCGCCUGUCAGCGGACGCCAUGCUUCGGCAUCCCUGGACAACUGGCGAACGUGCCAGCCAGGACGUGAUGGAAGGGGUCGACGAGAAGCUGGCAGCCUUUCAACAAGUUGUGAAAACCAACCUCGAAACUGGUCUGUUCGCCAUCCUGGUGAAGGAAUCGCUAAAAAAUGGCGGUAGUCCAACCUCUUCUGCCACUGGUCCCGUCAGGGCUACGGGUACUCCAGCAAGCGUUGAGGAGGCCGUGGAUGUAAUACGUCAGGCAUUCUCCAGCUUCGACCAAGAGGGCAAGGGUUUCGUCAGCGCCGCAGAUAUCUCGAGGGUGCUAGCCGAGUCUGGAGAGGGAACUCUAUCGGACGAGGAGUCGCUGGAGCUCGACAAGGCGGUGGCGAGUGCCAACAGAGGGCAGCGAGGUGUCAACAUGGAGAGCUUCGAGAAGAUGAUGACUUCCCUCGAGACGGUAGAAUUCCAGCGGGGAGAUGUUGUUUUCGCUGAAGGGGAAGAUGUGGAAGAGUCUCCCUACAUGUACAUCCUCGGCAGCGGAAAGGUGGAUCUGUUGAAGCGAGUACAUGACGGCGCUCCCCCAGUCAAGCUGGCGUCCUUAUCGAGCGGCGAUAUUUUUGGCGAAUCGGCCAUGAUCCAAGGCGGCUCGAGAUCGGCGACCGUGCGAUGUGCGAGUGAAGUCCAGGCGGUUCGAAUCGGCAAAGACAGCCUCGGACGUAUGAUGAAGGGCACGAAGACGGCAUCCGCCAAUUUGAGAGAGAUGUCUAUUCUUCGUGACAUCAGCCGCGCCAAGACUCUGCUAAGAGCUGUGGGGAGUAUCACACAGAGAAGGUUGCCCGCAGGAAGUGCCGUUGUGCAGCAAGGGGAUCUAGGAGAUUCAAUGUACACCGUGGUAGAGGGGAAGUUGGACGUGAGAGCGAAAGGUCGAGAAGGAGAAGGCAAUGGCAGGGCCGGACACCCGUACGGAGAUAAGGUGGCAUCUCUCAGUGCCGGAGAUGUGUUCGGAGAAAUGGCGCUGAUGCUCAAGCAACCCAGAAGCGCAACUGUGGUUUGCUCUUCUCCGACCCUGCCGGGAGAGGGGGGCGGAACGGAUCGGGUCCCGGGGGGCUUCUGCGUGGUUAACGAAAUUAAGGGCGAGGAUUUCGUGAGAAUGCUCAAACAAUCCGAUAGCUUCCUGAAGAGCAUGAAGGUCAUCAUGCGCACGCGCCUAUUCAGGCGCGCGAUGCUGCUGUUGACAGCUGCAGGAACCGAAACCCUUUCAAAAGAGAAGAUGCGUGCUGCGUUUGAAAUGGUCGACACGGAUAAGAGUGGAUAUCUUGACGCCAACGAGGUCUUGGAGGCGUUGAAGAAACUCGAGAGCAGUCUUGGCGAGUUCGAAGAACCAGGGCAAGGCCAAAGCCAAGGGCGACGACGAUGGCAAUGCCAGGUCCGUCAGAGGAAGACGUGGACGCCUUGCUGGCUCUAGCCGAUCUUGACCGGGAUGGCUACAUAUGCUUCGACGAAUUCUGUAGGAUUCUGCUGUGGGAGGAUGGGUGUAAGGAUACCAACGGCAACACCGAUCCAACUGGGCCCACCGAGCCCAAGUAGCGUCUUCAACCGAUACGGGAACCGCCUAUCUGAUGUAAUUCAUUCAAGCCUAACCCGUCCGGUGUCAUGUAGGCAACGGCAUAAAGGUUUGGGUUUGGGUUCACUCGCGUGGCAGGAAUGUUCAUCUACAUCCUUCGGCGGGCGCAGUUGUGGACCUUGUGUUGCGACCUGUGGUAGAGCAGGUUGUUUUGACAAAAUAUCAGGCCGGGGGUUGUCCGGCCUCGAGUUCUGAAGCCCGUCUUGUAUUCUUUUCACGCGACGAUACGUUCCACCAUUUGAACAGUCCCGGGUUUUGGUCGCGUUGUCCUAACCGAUGUAAAUCAAGACCAUUUAGUUUUCUCUCCAUCCGUCAUUUGAGGUGAACCAUAAAUAGAUGUGGUGGUGGGUGCUGCUGUGCUUUAUGAAAUGAUAGCCCGGCCUCAUCCAAAGCCCUUUCCUUUUUCUCCAGGCAGGUUUUGUUAUGUAUGUGUGGGGUCGAGCAUUAUAGUAGGAGUCUUGGUCGCGGUGAUGAAGAAGGAUUUCCGAGUCCAUCC